AACAAUUUGAAAUUGGAAGGCAGUGGAUGCUGGGAGGUGGUUCGGAACGGACGCUGCGACCCGACCUCGACUUUUACCCGCGAAAAUCGAGUUCGUAAUUUGAAAAUUUCGUUUUCAUGUUGGUACGAGAUUGUUUUUUCUGUGCAGUUGUGAAGUUUAGUGGCCAGUGAUUAGAGUUCAAGUGAAUAAAGAAAAGAGGAUUUAAAAUAUUCUUGCAAAUAUUUUUUUAUAAUUAAUGAUGUGUGCAUAAUUAAUUAAUAGAGAACUUGACAAAACCCGACAACAACAACAAAAAAGCAAGCUAAAGAAAGCAGAAAGUUCCAAACUCAAAAUUUGAAAAAAGUGCGUGACAAUGGAUUUAAAAACGUAACAAGGUCCCAAUAACUAGGAUGUGAGACAAUGUGCGAAUGCGUCCGUCAAGCACGCAGGUUGGUGCUCGCGACGCCAGAAAAGAAAAAACUAUUUGGUGAAAAGAAAAAAGUAUUUAGUGAGAAGCAAAAACUAUUUGGUGCUCAAACUGCGUCGGUGCAAGGAGGCUGGCCGGGCGCGGCCUUCUUACUGCUACUGGCCGUUAGCUUUCUGACGAGAAUACCUGCCAGUUCCUGUGUGUCCCUCGGAGCACAUCUGGUCUGCAACCGAAUACAAGGACUGACGGAGAAGCAGAGAGCCAUGUGUCGAGCCAGCCCAGCGUCUAUCGCCGCUGUGGGAGACGGACUGAGGAUGGCGUACGAGGAGUGCCGCGCGCAGAUGGCGGGCGCUCGCUGGAACUGCUCCGGGGUGGGCGACGGCAACAUCUUCGGACAUGUCAUGCCGCUGGCUACAAAAGAGGCGGCGUUCACAUACGCCAUCACGUCGGCGGGCGUGGCGCUGGCGCUGUCCGCGGCCUGCGCGCGCGGCGGCCUGCCCGGCUGCGGCUGCCACCCUGGUAACAGAAGACGAUCACCCUCGUCAGCCUCCGAACGGUUCCAAUGGGGCGGGUGCGCGGACACGGCGUACGGGCUGCGCGUGGCGAGACGGCUGUUGGACGCGAGGGAGCUAGAGGCCGAUGCCAGGAGUGCUGUGAACCUGCACAAUAAUAGGGUUGGCCGGAAGGUAUGUCUUAUGGUAAAAGACCUGGUCCGGCUCGAGUGCAAGUGCCACGGCGUGUCUGGCUCCUGCGCGCUCAAGACCUGCUGGCGGGCGUUGCCCAACUUCAAGACUGUGGCGACGGCGCUGAAGGAGAAGUACAUGAGGGCGAAGAUGGUGGCCAGACACCCGUCGCCGGUGGCGGGGCAUGCGCUGGUGGUUGUACGAAGUUCCAGAUCCCGCACCCCCCUCCUCGGCCGGCAGCCUCGCAAGUCGGAGCUGGUGUACCUGCAGCGCUCGCCCUCGUACUGCGAGCCCGACGAGGCUAAUGGAGUCUACGGGACGCACGGGCGACACUGCAGCAACAAGUCUCGUGGCGAAAACAGCUGCGAAAAGCUCUGCUGCGGUCGAGGCUACAACACUCUCCGCCACAGCGUCACCACUCAGUGCAACUGCACCUUCGUCUGGUGCUGCAAGGUGGUCUGUGACCGCUGCACCAACGAGACUGAGCUGUUCAUCUGCAAGUGAAGAGUGCAACUGGAAGAGAAUUCACUGGCUGUAUAGAUCGAGUUUCCUUUGCCUACUGUGUUUGAAAAAUUCACUGGCUGUAUAGAUCAAGUUUCCAUUGCCUACGGUGUUCUUAAAUAAUGUAUAGCACAAAUAUAGCAAUGCAUGCAACUGGAACAGAAAGAACUCUCUUGCCUGUUGUAAUCAUGUUUGUUUUUUUUGUAUUUCAUCUUUAGAAUGAGGAGUCAGAGUUGAAUUUGGGACUU